CUAGCUACAGAAGCAUACCAGGAAGCAAGACAGUCACAGCUCUUACUAGCUGCUGCAUCUGACAGCGAGUUGGUUGAAUUACUGGAAUAUACAAGUUAUGCUAUUUUUUUAAAAAAAAUGUAGUGCAUUGUGAGACUAUGCAAUAGAGAAUAUUCACAGGCAUCAUGCAGCAAGACCUAUUACUUUUUUUUUUAAUAAGAGGAAAACCCAGUUGAAUGCUAUCCAAUUCUUGGUUGACUUUUUCCCAGUGAGAAGGUAUAUGACCAAUAUAUACUCUGUGAUAAUGAUGGACUCAAUGUAGAUGGCUGUUCAAUACACACUGGCCAUGUCAGAGAAGCUAUGAGUGUGUGCUCAUAGAGAGAGGGAAUACCUGUGAGCUCAAAAUGUGUGGAGGCACACCAAAGACUUCAAAUGGCACAGGGGACCAGACAGAGAAAGGAAGGAAUAUUCAUACCUCCUCUACUACACUGGUGAAGAGCUUUUCAAAAGCAAGGUUGGAUAAGGCUAAGAAACUGCUUGUGGUGAAAAAAAGCUCCGGUAGCUCAAAGGGAGUUUCUGGAGAACAAUCACAAAGCUGGUCCUGCUCAGAGUUUGACCUAAAUGAAAUCCGCUUGAUAGUCUAUCAAGAUUGUGAGAGGCGGGGCAGACAAGUUCUGUUUGACUCCACAGCAGUCCACAAGACUGAUGAGACAGCAGUUCAGGAUGCCCCUGGAAAGACAUGGAGCAAGGGCUGCCAAGCAAGCAGUGACUCCAAUAUAGCUUCUCCCUGUAGCCCUUCAAUGAACAGCAGACAGAAUAUCAAGGAAGACAUUCCAAAGUAUCAGUAUACCAGGCCAGCUUCUGAUGUCAACAUGUUGGGAGAGAUGAUGUUUGGUUCAGUAGCAAUGAGUUACAAAGGCUCGACACUGAAAAUCCACUAUAUACGCUCUCCUCCACAGCUUAUGAUGAGUAAAGUUUUCUCUGCCAGAGUAGGCAGCUUCAGUAGAAGUACAAACAGCUUGCAAGGUAGCUUUGAAUGCAUCAAUCAAGAUCCAAACUUAGCAAGACUGAACUGGAAUCCAAACAGUUUGGGCCCCUGUCAUAAUGGAAGUAAUCUAGGUGUAUUACAGCUAUGUAGCAACAAAUUGCUGCAUGGCAUGCCUGAAGGGGGGCCUCUCCGGCUCAUCCGGAGUGCUUCUUUCUUUGCAGCGCACAGCACACCAGUUGACAUGCCUAGCAGGGGGCAGAAUGAAGACACAGACAGUGGCAUCGCUCGAUCAGCUUCUUUGAGCAGUCUGCUGCUGACUCCAUUGCCAUCUCCAAGCUCCUCUAGUAGCAGCUACCACCGCCGCUGGCUACGAAGUCAAACCACAAGUCUGGAAAAUGGGAUUAUUCCUAGGUGGUCAACUGAGGAAACUUUUAGCAUGGCAGAUGAAAGCUGUGGCCUCAAUCCUGCAAUGAUUCGAAGGAAAAAAAUUGCCAUCAGCAUCAUUUUCACCCUCCCAGAAAAGGAAGAAGCCCAGAGGGAUUUCCAGGAUUUCUUCUUCUCUCACUUCCCCUUAUUUGAAUCACACAUGAGCAAGCUGAAGAGCGCCAUAGAAAUGGCUAUGAUCUCCUGUAGAAAAAUAGCAGAAACUAGCCAAAGAGUGCAAGUGUACAUCAGCUGUGUCAUGGAUGCCCUGAAUGAAUUUAGAAUUACAAUCUGGAACUUGUAUUCAGUUCCAAGGAUUGCAGAGCCUGUGUGGCUAACCAUGAUGUCUGGCACUUCCGAAAAGAAUCCAUUGUGCCAGCACUUUCUCAAGGAAUUCACUGUUUUGAUAGAGCAGACCAGCAAAAACCAGUUCUUAGCAGCUCUAUUAACAGCAGUGCUGACCUAUCACCUGGCUUGGGUCCCCACAGUGAUGCCAGUUGAUCAUCUUCCCAUCAAGGCCUUCUCUGAGAAACGUGCCUCUCAGUCUGUGAACAUGCUGGCAAAAUCUCAUCCUUACAAUCCACUCUGGGCACAGCUUGGUGACUUGCAUGGUGCUAUAGGUUCACCUGUCAGGAUGACAAGGACUGUCAUUGUCGGGAAACGUAAAGAUUUGGUUCAACGCAUACUCUAUGUUCUUACAUACUUCCUACGGUGCUCUGAGCUGCAAGAGAAUCAGCUGAUUUGGAGUGGGCAAGUUGAAGGAGAGCAAGCCCUGAACGGCAGCAAGAUCUCAACAGCCCUAGAAAAGGGAGAAGUUGAGGAUUCUGAUUAUGUAGUAGUCACUGUUAGAAAUGAACCUGCUCUUGUGCCUCCCAUUCUGCCCCAGAGGACUGGAAGUACUGCCGCUAAGGGAGACGAGAACUGCUUUGAGAUUGCCUGCUUGAAGGGGGAGCAUGAAGGAAUAAAUGCUGAACAGAGUUCCAAGCUGUCCUCUUGCUUGUCCAAAGCUGGUUCCCCCAAAGAAACCGUGGAGGAAGUUAAGAAGGAGGAAACUGUGGCCAAUUCAGAAGAGGUAUCAGGGGGACAAGCUAAGUUAGAGGAUUUAACAACAGGAAUGAAUGAUGGCAACCAGUAUAAAGCAACAGGAUCCCUGUUUGGCAGUGAGAGGGCUGGCCAGAGGUACCCUCACUUGGAAAAGGUUACCUUCCAAAUUGGAAGCUCCCCCUCACCAGAAUCUGAUAUAGAACUGCCCAAAAAGGAUCUGGAUAAAACUCUAGGGAUGCUCACGGGUAAAAGCAAAUCUCCGUGUAUCAUGUCAAGUCUGCUGCAUAUAACUACCCAGGCCCAGCAGGAGAAACCUGACUUCUGUCUCAAACCACAUGCUAGGCAGAAAGCUUGUAAAAUGCGAGUAUCAAAUGCACUUCAGUUGUCAGGUCAUCCAUCUGUUCCUUUUGAUAGCAAAGUCAAAACUGUCAAUCCAGGAAGACUGGAGGAAGCUGAAAGUACCUGCUGUGAAAACCUGGAAAGAGGUUCUCUUGACUAUGUUUCAGGAAGUCCUGCUCAUGCGCAAGGAUCUGGUCAAAGAGUAACUGAGGAUGUCCCCUGUGGGGAUGCUGGAAGUAAACACCCUUUUAGAAUAGAAGAGAACAUUCCUAGAAAUGAGAGCUCUGACAGUGCCUUGGGAGAGAGUGACGAUGAAGGUAGUGCAUAUAUUCCAGAUGUGCAGUCUCUGGGCUCCAUCAACAAUAGGCCUGAGGAACUUUCCGAAGUGGAACUUGCUUUGCCAAGAACAAACACAAUCAGCAAUCAAAGCAUGAAGCAUUUUGGAAGGUCACUUCUUGGUGGCUAUUGUGCCUCAUAUAUGCCUGACCUGGUGUUACAUGGAAUCAGUAAUGAUGAGCAACUCAAGCAAUGCUUAGCAGCUGAAUUGAGUCGUGCAGUGAAUCAUCCAGUACUAGAUGAGCCCAUAGCAGAAGCUAUUUGCAUUAUUGCAGAUACAGAUAAAUGGACGGUGCAGGUGGCCACAAGCCAGAGAAAGAUGACAGACAGCAUGAAGCUAGGCAAGGAUGUCCUGGUCUCCAGCCAAGUGUCGUCUUUAUUACAAUCCAUUUUACAGCUUUACAAACUUAACCUUCCUGCUGACUUUUGCAUAAUGCAUCUUGAGGAUCGGCUACAGGAGAUGUACCUCAAAAGCACAAUGCUGUCUCAAUAUUUGCGAGGUCAAACAAGAAUUCACAUGAAAGAACUUGGAGUGGUAGUGGGGAUUGAAUCCAACGACUUGCCACUGCUGGCUGCUAUAGCAAGUACUCAUUCUCCGUAUGUUGCUCAAAUACUCCUCUAAGCUAAAAUCUUGAAGGCAAAAAUUCCCUUAGCAAAGUAAGCAGAUUUGGGGAAUGAAGAAGAGAGAGAGCAAACAUGAAGAAAUGGGGAAUGAAGGACCACAGGUGUUAGCAGUUCAUUCUGUCAAUUUUCCUCUUCUGCAUUUUGUCUGGACGCUUAUCAGCAGAAUUUCAGUUUACAUGAUGUAAAAGACAUUCAGGGUUUUUAUACUGUUCUCAGAGUAAACUAAUCAAGAAUGCAUCCUUGUGUUUGAAUGGACAAAAGGAUUAAACACUACUGGAGGAUACGCUGCUUAUACAUAGUUUUCAGGAGGGGCCCUCCAAAAAAAUUAUGUAUGGUUUCCUUACUAUUGUCUUGUUCUGAUUUUUUUUUUCAAAUGGGUAGCUGUAAGCACAUCUGUAUGUACAUAAGCAUUCCUAUGUUUGGAUGGACAAGAUGAUGAAUUAGAAGACAUAUCCACAUUCAUAGUCUUUUUUUACAGCAUUGGGGCUCCAUGGAACAAGGAAAUAGGAAUUCAGCAACUGGAUAACAUCUUGUGUGGUUGGUUGGUUCUUAUUAAUUGACAAAACAAGCCAAGAACUGCAGUGUUUUUAAAUGUUCUUGAUAGAGAAGGAAGUUCUGGAUCUGCAUCACUGUUAGAUGAAUAUGGGAGAAACUAGUCAUAAUGUGUAGUGCAAACGUACCACAAAUGCCACAUCUUGAAUUCCAUUUUCCUGGUUUUAUUAAGAUGUAGGUCAAGCAUCCUAAUUUAUCUUACACCACCAACUCAAAAAAGCUGGUGUUUGAACCUUAAGAACCAAUAUGAUUAUAAAUGCAGUAUCAAUACUGGGUAGCUUCUUUUAAAACACAAAUGUAUCAAUUGCCCCACGAAUAAGAGAUCACUCUGGAGCACACUGUAUAAACAGGAUCAACUUUAAGUGGAUGGAUGAAAUGUACAGAAGAAAUCCCAGAGAGGAUAUUGUGGGGGAAAGGUAGAGAAGGUGACCAUGGUAACAGUGACACAGCAAUUUAUUAUGGCAAUUCUCAAGUGGCUGAAGUGAUCCCACAAAACGUUUUGCACUAGCCUCAUGGUGCCUUCUUCUCUUGUAUGUCUUAAUUCUAAAAGAGAAAUAUGUGUUGUUUUAAAUGAGAAGCUAGUAACAUGAACUCUUUAAAAUUUUCUUUAUUACUGUACAACCGUAUACAUACAACCAUAUUUGUCUUGGGUUUCAAACCUAAACCUAGGGCUUUACUACAACACUCAGUAUAAAAGUUGUAACUUUAUUUUAACUUCUGAGUGUUUUAGAUUACUGUGUGAAAUUAGAGCAAGCAAGAGUAAAAGCAACUUACACAUUUUUUAAAGGCUCCCCACAGGCACAGUGUUAAGAUUAUCCUAGUCCUCAUAUUGGACAGAAAGUAUUAAAUGGAAGUAAAAAAGUUUUGUCAUGUUUGGCAACUGACCCAAGUAGUGUUGGCAAUUUGAUGCUAUAUUUUUCCAAAUACCAGUUUAAUAAUAUCUUUUUCAGAGCUUGUCAAAUUUUCCAUUUUGUCUCAUUGCUUAUUCAUUCUUGCCAAUACUUUCAUGACAACACAUAAGGAUAUGGGCAUUCCUGUUACAGGAGCUAGCAUAGCAGCAUUCUUCCCUUCCGUCUUUCUUUUUAUUGCGAUUUAGCUUAAAAAAAACUCCUCUGAAACGUUUCCAACCAAACAAAUGAAGCUUCACUUUCUACGGGGAAGUUUGCUAAGGCAAAGGUUAAAGAUGCCCAUUCCAUGCUCACAUCAAGAUCAAGAAAUCAAAUUAAUUAGCAGUCCUUAUUUUUAAGGACAGUCCAAAAUUUUAUACACAUUUUGAGGCCAUACAUACCUUCCACACACACCCCGCUAUCCGCAUAUCUACAUCUCAGAAUAACAUUUUAAUAUGCUUUUUUCUUUUUCUUUUUACAAACAUGUUGGUCUUUACAAUGUACACACUAGAGAUGGUCCCAAAUAAGGAUUGUAUCCUUUUAGUAAAAGUAGCUUAUUCCAUACUUAAGAAAAAUCAAUGUGUUUUCUCCUUCCCUUAAAAAAAAAAACAA